CCCUCACGCAGCCCGCCAUGGCCUUCCGGCGGGUGGUAGCCGUCUCCGCGGCCGCGGCCUGCGGUUUGGCGGGUGGCUCCGUCCUCUUCUCCGCCGUGGCGCUCGGGAAGCAGCCGCCGCCUCAGCCGGGGGCGGAGAAGGCCGGCGGGGACGCCCCGGAGCCCGCCGCCUCGCCCUCGGGGCCGCCGCUGCCGCCGCCGCCGGGGCUGCUGCUGCUGCCGUCGCCGGCCGCCCCCACCGGCGCGCCCGCCUGGCUGGAGAAGCCCAACGGCUGCGGCUACUGGGACAACAACUGGGACAGGAGAGAACCAUUGGCUCUCAUGAACCUGAAGAAGAAAAAUGACGAGACUGGUGAACAGGAGACUUCAUCUCGCUUAGCCCACUAUAAAACGAAAGCUACCAGGCAUAUAUUCCUCAUACGCCAUUCUCAGUACAAUUUGGAUGGGCAGCAGGAUAAAGACAGAAUCUUAACCAAGCUGGGCCGUGAGCAAGCUGAGCUGACUGGGAAGAGGCUUGCAAGUUUGGGGCUGAAAUUUGACAAAAUUGUCCAUUCUUCAAUGGCCAGAGCAACAGAAACAACCAACAUUAUCAGCAAACAUCUUCCUGGGGUGGCGAAGCUGAGCACAGAUCUCCUGCGAGAAGGCGCUCCGAUUGAACCAAAUCCUCCCAGCUGUCAUUGGAAGCCUGAAGCUGUGCAGUAUUACGAAGACGGUGCUCGCAUCGAGGCUGCCUUCCGAAACUACAUUCACAGAGCUGAUAGCAAGCAGGAAGAGGAUAGCUACGAAAUCUUUGUUUGUCACGCUAACGUCAUUCGCUAUAUUGUCUGCAGAGCAUUGCAAUUUCCUCCCGAAGGUUGGCUUCGGAUAUCACUCAACAACGGCAGCAUCACCCACUUGGUGAUCCGCCCUAAUGGCAGGGUGGCACUUCGCGUGCUUGGUGACACUGGAUUCAUGCCACCAGAGAAAAUCACCCGCAACUGAGUAAGCCUUUCUGGAGCUUCCCAUCAGCCCUGAGCCAACACAAUAAUAGUGGAAGAUUAUUGUUGUGUAGGAUACCGAGUUUCACUAGUACUUAACUAAUGCCUAUUUUUCGUCUGUCCUUUCAAGCUCAUGCAAACAGGAAGGGUCUCCAACCAAGAGGACAAUGCUACUCUCACCAUGUGGCCAACACCUUCCCGUAAAAGCCGCAGGCUCCUUGACUGGACUUUGGAUGUCUUGAACUACUUAUUACAUAUUGAUCAUUUGCACUAGUACAUCAUGGUGUACAAUACUGAUAGUGAGAGAAUUUGCUCUAUACAGCUCAAGUGAGAGGACCACCCCCUUCCUGGCUUCAAAACAGAAAUGCUGGCGGCUGCCCACCAAAGCCUACCAGAGGAUCUUUUCUUUCCUACUGCAUGCAGGGAAAAAGAUAGAAAUACUGUGAAGUCCAGUAAUACAUGGAUAUUUAAAUCAACAUAAAGCCAGAAUCAACCAGAUGCAGUAAUUUGGAAUGUGAGGGAGAUGAAAUCUUAAGGUAGCACCUUCUCUUAUUAUGCAGCUCAGGUUUGCACACGGACAAGGAUUGGGACUGAAAAAAUACUUAAAUAAAAUAAAAGAGGGCCUGCAGCAGAGCUCUUCUGAGAGAACUUCUCUUCCAAGGCUGAGCCUGGAAAAAGCAAGUGCAAUUUUCUGUGCUGUUCUUCCUUCAAGCCCUAUUUACUUGGCCUUCUGUUUGAGCUUUUGGCUACAAGCAUCCUGUUCCUAAAAAACAACCACACACCUUUCCUAGGAUCCUCUACCAUUAAUAAUUGUUACAGGUUACCGUUUGUCAUUUGAUCCCAGAUCCCCUGGGGCAAAGGGUAUAUGGGAAUGUGUGUACUAAACAAUACCAAGUUAGAAGUGAGGGUAGGUCAUUCUAUCUUUGGCAUGCAGAGAUUAUCCUUCUAUUCUUAACCGUUGGAGUAAAAUACGCUUUUUAUGGGGGGGGGGGAACUGAACCCUUGGCCAGUAAUUGCUACUUCUAGACAGAUUAAAUGCUUCUUGUGAAACUUAACUAGCUGCUUGUGGGAUUGCAAAAAUGGAAUGGCAGGGUGUUGGGUUAUUCUGUGGUCCUAGAAGAUGCGGGUGAUCUAUGUCAAUCAGUGCAGAAAAUUAAGCUAUUUCUAUUUGUCUUUGCGUAUCUGCAAAAAUAAAAAUGAAUUGAUUUUCA